AAUAUCGACCAUUGUUAUAAAUCAGAUAGCUUUUAAUUGCAUAGAGGAACUUAGUACAACAGCAAAUAUCCUGUAAUUGACGGAACAAGGACAUACUGAUACUUCUUAUUUUAAAUUGAAUUAUUAAAUAUUGUAAGGAUUAUGAAGAAAGGAUUAAUUAUUGUUCUCGUGAUAAUAGUGAUUUUAGGAUUAUGUGGAGUAAUAGCGGAGGACAAUAAUGGAGAUAACAUGAGAGUGAUUGUAAAACGUAGUUUCCUGAAUAAACUGUUUUCUAAAAUUACGGGAAAAAUAUCUAAAGUGGGAAUAGGCCGACAAAAUGGAAUUUACAACUCGGGGUCAGGGAGGACAAGAUCAAGGUCAAGAACACAACAGUGGACACGAGGAAGAGGCUCCUCUUCAAGAACGACAAAAAAGACACAGAGAUCAAGGAAUAGAAAACAAUAUGUCUGAAAACCCUUAAUUUUUAAGGGGCAUAAAAACAAAACAUAUUAUCUACGUACAUAGAAGAUGGUCUUCAUUUGAUAUUUGAUUGUAGCAU